AUGGAACUGUCGCAAGGAGGCCGGGCCGAAGUGCGGCAAAUCCGUUUGGAUAACGCUUGGCCCGACCAAGAAGACGAUUCUCGUCCAAUUGACAUUGUAGCGCACCGAGCGCUCGUGGAGCCGCGUCACGAGGCAGACGAGGGAAGCGACGACGACGAGUCGCACGCGUGGAAGAUGCCUCUCGCUGCGACGAUGAGGGCGGCGUCUGCGCCUACAGGCUCUGCGUUCGGGGGAACCCUGUCGCGCGUCGCCUGUCGCAGUCGCAUUAGGAACGUGCGAAGCUCCGGCUGGGCGUCGGACGGCGAGGACUCGGACAACGACGGCGACUGGUGUGCGACGGUCGCGCACGACGACUGGGCUCCGGUGCGACGGCGACUAUCCUUCGCGGAGCAAGAGUCCAUGGGCGACGAGGCUGCGACGACAGGCAGGCCGGGAAUUGAGGAGCGAGGGGCGGAAAUUUCCCCCUGUGGCGCAGUGAGCGACCUUCUCGCUGCGUUCUCUCGCACGUGCUCCAUCGCCGCCUCGUGCCCUGCGCCCGCUGCCACGUGCCCACCCAUAGUUGCGUCGCAAGAAGCGUCGCACGGCAUGAAGGUCGCAUUCGCGGCAGGAGCGCUGGUUAGCGCCCCAGGGGAGCGCGGAAGUGGGGGCUGCGAAGGCGGGGAGCGGGGGUUGGGGUGUGUAAGGUGGAGGGUACGAACGUGCGGGGCAGGGGGCAUGGGGGGAGGUGGGGCGGGGAUGAAAGGGGGAAAGGGCAGGGCGGAGAAGAGAAGGAGGGAGAGUGAUAGCGAUGGGGAUAAGGAAAGUGGGGAAGAGAGUGAGGAGGAGAGCGGUAGUGGCGGCGACGGUACGUCUGGGAGUGGUGACGAUGGGGAUGACGAUGAGGAGGGAGAGGAGGAAGAGGAGGGAGAGGAGGAGGAAGAGGAGGACGAGGACGAGGAAGAGGAGGAGGGUGAAGAAGAGGAGGAGGGUGAGGAGGAGGAGGGAGAGGAGGGCGAAGAGGACGAGGAAGAGGAGCGUAAAGAGGUAGAGAUGAAGCAGGUGCUUCCGGAGCAGCAACAGCGCGAGAAGCAGCAGCCCCAACAGCAGCAACAGCAGCAAGAGCGAGAUCAUCAUCAUCAUCAGCAGCAGCAGCAGCAGCAGCAGGGCGCGCAGCAGCGGCAGGGCGAGCAGUACGAGGAGAAGCGGGUGUACGUGGGCGGGCUGCCGUACUACGCGACAGACGACGCCAUCCACGAGUGCUUCGAGGGGUGCGGCCGCAUCGCGCUCAUCCACCGCCUGCACUUCCCCGACUCGGGCCGCUUCCGAGGGAUCGCGCUCGUCACCUUCAAGGUACGCGCGCUCACGCUACCUUCUCCCGUCCGCGCCUCCGCUCCCCCCUGCGCCCUCUUCCCUUGCCCCCCUCUACCCUUGCCCCCUCUCCCCCUUGCCCCCUCUCCCCUUGCCCCUUCUCUGCCCCUGUCCCACCUAUGGCCUUGCCCACUCCGGCCCACCUCGACGGCCAUCGGAGCACGGAAGGCAUUGGAGCUGGACGGCGUUGACAUGGACGGUCGUUUCCUUCGCAUCAAGCCCUGCCGCGUCAACCCCUCCGCCUCCUCCGCCCCCACUCCACCCGCCCUCUCCGCCGCUCACCCCACCCCCACCACCACCACCGCCGCACCCCACCCCAAGGCUACAUCCGACUUGCCGCCUCCCCAGCGCGCACCAGGCAGUCUCCGCGCGUACGUGGGCAACCUGGCGUGGAGCAUGGACGAGGCGGCUGUAGCGGCCUUCUUCCCCGGCUGUAGCAUCGCCGCCGUGCGCCUGGCGAGGAAUCCCGAGACCGGGCGGCACAAGGGGUACGGGCACGUGGAUUUUGAGGAUGAGGAGAGCUUGGAGAGGGCUAUUGGGAGGAAUCAGCAGGUGGCGUGUGGGCGGCCGGUUAAGGUGGCUUAUGCUGUGGCUAGCAGGGGGGGUGUGGGGGGCGGAGGGGGUAUGGGGGGCGGAGGGGCAGGAGGGGCAGGGGGUGCAGGGAGGAUGGGAGGAGCAGGGUUCGGAGCAGGAGGGGGAGCAGGAGGAGGGGGCGGGGGCCAUGGGGUUCCGGGGGAGAUGGGGGAAGGUGGGGAUGCAAUGGAGCAAGAGCAUGAGGGGGCGGGGGGAAGGAAGGGUAAGGGAAGGAAGAAGGGCGCAGAGGGGUGCUUUGUGUGUGGUGAUGAGGGACACAAGUCGUUUGACUGCCCUGAGAAACACCGCAAGAUGAAGCGCCAUAAGAGCCAGUGA